AUGAGCACUCUGAAAUUGUCGUUAUUCCUGUCAUUCCUCCUCUGUAUUAUAUGUUCUACCUGUAUGGUGGUGAGAGCUCAAGUGAAUUGCGAUCCCACUCAACUCUAUGAUGCCGAAUUGAUUUUGCUCUAUGAUGACGUUGUACCAUUUGAAUUCAUUCCAAAACGUAUUGAACUUGCUCUCAAUACCACUCGUUUUCCAGCUUCCAAACAACAAGAAGCUUUGCAAUUCUUCAAGAAUCGAUUCAACAUUGAUUUCACCAACUCUUCCAAUGCACCAACCAACUUUCGAUUGGAAUCAGGUUCUUUUGAAGGUUACAAUAUUUAUGGAGCAACCACCACAAAGAGUCGAUUCUUUGGUUCACCACUCAUUCGAGUCUUUGCUGAUUUCAUGACUGUGGUGGCUUUGGAUUCAAGCUCUGUUGAUCCUUUCACCAAUGCACCAAUUACCAAAGAUUCCAUUGCUCAAUAUGGUUAUUAUACCAUGAUUUAUGCUAAAAAUGGAACAGCAUUUACAGCUCCAAUUAGAGCCUCCUCUCAACGUUUCUUGGAUGCCUGGAGAGACAAUAUGGGUAAUUUAGAUUGGUCAAGAACCAUUGAUUUUGAUUUGGAUAGUCCAGAAUGGGGUGCAGGUGAAAGUGUGGGUGCUUUCUACAUGCCCAUGCAAGAUCCAUUCUUUGGAAGAUCUCAAGUGGCCAUGAGAGAAACCAUGAGAUUCCCACCCACUCGAUAUCUCAAUCGAGGACAAAGUACAAAGAUUACCUCAUGUCAAUCGUGGUUGAAUUAG